AUGGCACCGAAUUCCACUGAUUUUGAAGAUGGCCUGCAUUUGUUUGGUCCAGCUUCUCCAGAUACAUUCGAUUUUACCCCUCUAUUUGAGAAUACGUUCUUAUCGAUCGUUCCUUCUGCUUUACUGCUUCUGAUCAUACCUUUCCGUCUCUUCUCCCUACGCAAAGAAUCUCGCAAAGUCUCUCGAAGCGUGCUUCAAAGCAAUAAACUCAUCCUGCUAGCGAUCCUAACAGCCUUCCAAUCAGCCAUCCUGAUUCUCUACGCCAUCAACACCCAAGUCCGAACAAGCACAUCCCUCGCCUCAUAUACCCUCGUCCUUGCCGACGCCCUGGGCCUCUGCUUCCUCUCCCACCUAGAACACACGCGCUCCAUCCGCCCCUCCACAAUAAUCAACACCUACCUCUUCACGACCCUCAUCUUCGACACAGCACGCACCCGCACCCUAUGGAUCUCCCACGCCCCACUCACCAUAACCAGCGUCUUCACCGCCGCAACGAUCCUGAAAUUCGCAGUCGCGGUAGCGGAGGCGAUCGAGAAGCGCAAGAUUCUUCUCCCGCCGUACCAGCGCGGCUCGCUUGAGGCCACGAGUGGGAUUUAUAGUCGGAGUUUGUUCUGGUGGUUGAAUGGCUUGAUGAGGAUUGGUUAUGCGAGGGUUGUGAGGGAGGAUGAUAUGUUUCCUAUUGAUGAGGAGAUGAGAUCUUCGUUUUUGACGGAACGGGCGCAGAAAGCGUGGGAGAAUGCGCCGAAGACUCGGUCGCAUGCGCUUUUCUGGUCGACGUUGAAAGCUAACGCGAAGGCGGUCUUGAUGUGUGUAUUUCCGCGGCUGUGUCUGAUUGGGUUUCGGUAUGCGCAGCCUUUGUUGCUGGCUCGGACGGUGAAUUUUGUGGACUCGCAGGAUAGGGAUACGAUUGGAUGGGGAUUGACGGGUGCGUUUGGUGUGGUGUUUGUGGGCAUGACGAUUGCGAGAGGUAAUUAUUACCAUAUGACCUAUCGAUUUGUGACGGCUGUUAGAGGCGGUUUGGUUGGUAUUGUGUAUGCGAAGACGGUAGAUUUGAGUAUCACUGCGUUGGAUGAAAGUGCCGCUAUCACGUUGAUGUCGAAUGAUGUUGAAGCAAUCUGCAUGGGCUUUGAGACGUUGCAUGAGCUCUGGGCAGUGCCUGCUGAGUUGGGAAUUGCCAUAUUUCUGCUACAAAGAGAACUUGGAAUCUCAUUUCUGGCCCCCACUGUCGUGGCAAUUAUCUCAACAGCGUGUGUUGUUGGUCUAUCGAGAUAUGUUGGCGGCGCGCAGAAAGCUUGGAAUGAAGGAAUACAGACUCGUGUUGACGUCACGACGUCGAUGCUUGGAUCAAUGAAGGCUAUCAAACUCUUAGGAUUCACCGAUAAACUCACAGAUAUCUGCCAGGGACUUAGGGUAAGAGAAUUAAAGAUUGCGAGAUACUUCAGACAGCUUCUCGUCGCACGCGUAUUCUUUGCCAACUGCAUGACAUUCGUAACACCACUUGCAACGCUCACUGUCUUCGUUCUCCUCGCUCAAUCAACCAAGGAGGAAUUAACCACCUCUAAAGCAUACACAACAUUGUCUCUGAUAAGUCUACUCACAAUCCCAAUCAAUACCCUCUUGAGGACGAUUCCGGCUCUUAAUGGAGCACUGGCAUGCUUCGGCCGAAUUCAAACUUUUCUGGAGUCAGAGUCUCAGCGUGUGCAUGUCCUGCCCCUCGAACCAGGAUCGUUUGAAAGAAAGGAUGAGAGACAACCGUUUCCUCAUAUCAGUCAUGAGAAUGGAGAUAUUGAACUACGACAAAUGCCUGUCACAUCAAGACAUCCAUCGCACAGAAAAGCCAAUACACCAAUUCUCACAACUCACAACGCGAGCUUCGCUUGGUCCACCACUGGCCUUGCUAUCGUCAAAGACAUAACUUUCACGCUCCGCCGCCACUCUUCUCUGUUCAUAAUUGGCCCAGUUGGAUGUGGCAAGAGUACACUUCUUAAAGGCUUGUUGAGCGAGACGCCUUCUCUGAAAGGGUUCGUGUAUUCUUCCGUCUCAGAUAUCGCAUUCGUGGAUCAAACACCCUGGAUACAGAAUACGAGCAUCAAGAAGAAUAUCAGUGGACAAGAGCUGUAUGAUGAUGUCUGGUUCGACCAAGUUGUCCGAGCCUGUGCACUGGACCAAGAUAUUGGAGAUUUGCCGAGGGGAAUUGAAACACUUGUUGGAAGUCGCGGUAUCACAUUGAGCGGCGGACAGAAGCAGAGAUUGGCACUAGCUCGUGCUCUAUAUUCUAAAAUAGAGUUGCUGGUCAUCGACGAUGGCUUUUCUGGACUAGAUGCUGAGACAGAGGAGAAGGUCUUCUCCAAGCUCUUUGGAAGCUCGGGCUUACUGAAACGUAUCGGUACAACGGUUAUUCUCGUCACGCACGCUGUUCACCGUCUACCAUUUGCCGACCAGAUCUUAGCACUUGAUGCAAGCGGUCGUAUGGUUGAGCAGGGUACAUUUCAAGAACUGAAAGCUGGAGGUGGGUACGUGGAUAGCCUUCUACAACAAGUUGGUGAAAGAUCUCGUGGUGAAGAGAACACUGAUAUCCCGGACGAGGUUGAGCGCAUAGAGAAGCUGGCAAGCAGAGCCAUCGACUUUGAAACAGUAGACGACGAAAAAACGAUACAUGAAACUGAGUUUGCCACCUAUAAGUACUACUUCGAGUCGAUUGGGUGGCGACGAAGCUUCCUCUCUCUGGGCCUUUUCCUGGUCGCUUCCGUUUCAACAAGAGUGACUCAACUCGUCAUCCAGUUCUGGACUGCUGCUGUCUCUGCAAAUGGAAAUGGUGUCAAUCCGUUCUACUUGGGCAUAUAUGGCCUUCUCGCGGGUAUCGGAAUCGUCAUGUGGCCUGUGGCUGUUUUUCACUACUUCAUGUUUGUAGUACCUGGGAGCGCGGAGGAGUUGCAUGCCAGGCUGUUGAGGUCUGUGAUGGGUGCGCCGUUGAGUUUCUUCGCGGCGACGGAUACGGGUAUGACGACGAACAGGUUCAGCCAAGACAUGUCGGUCGUGGAUGGCGAGCUCCCAUUCGCGCUCGUGGAUUUCGUCUUUGCUGGCAUACAGACAAUCAUGGGUGUAAUAUUCAUGUGCAUCUCCGCUGGAUAUUUCACUCUCACGGUGCCGGUGGUUGGCAUCACUGUUUGGCUAAUUCAAAAGUUUUACCUUCGUACUUCUCGUCAAGUUCGCAUCCUCGAUCUCGAAGCCAAGUCACCGCUCUAUACACACUUCAUCGAGACCCUAUCUGGUCUGCCAACAAUCCGCGCCUUCGGCUGGUCGUCAUCUUUCAUCUCGCAAAACCUCGCUUUCCUGGAUGCCUCUCAGAAACCGUAUUACCUACUCUUCUGCAUCCAAAUAUGGCUCGGUCUUGUGAUGGACCUCAUGGUCAGCGUUUUAGCUAUCCUUCUCAUGGUCCUUCUGGUGAAACUGAGACACACCAUCGGAGCUGGUUAUGUUGGUUUAGCACUUCUGAGCGUCAUGGGUUUCGGGCAGUCAUUGUCAUGGAUCGUGAAACAAUGGACCGAUCUGGAGACCAGUAUCGGGGCAAUAUCUCGACUGAAAACAUUCUCAGAGAAAACACCUUGCGAGAACCUCGCUGCAGAAAUCCAGCCGGUUCCAGAAAACUGGCCAUCGAGGGGCGAAAUCCAGAUCAAGAAUCUCACAGCCGCAUACACGACCUCCGGAUCGCCAAUCCUGAAAGACAUAAACCUUCACAUCGCAGCCGGCGAGAAAAUAGGCAUCUGCGGCCGCAGUGGUAGCGGAAAGAGCUCUCUCCUCAUGACGCUCUUCCGAAUGCUCGAAAUCCAGCCUGAGAGCUCCAUCAUCGUAGACGGAAUCGACAUCUCCACCAUCCCCCGACAAACAGUUCGCUCACGUUUCAACGCCAUCCCCCAAGACCCCUUCUUCAUGAAAGGCAGCAUCCGCUUCAACGCCUCCCCCUCCUCCCUCCACACAGACACAGCCAUCAUCUCCGCCCUCACCAAAGUGCAUCUCUGGCCCACAGUCCUCUCAAAAGGCGGUCUGUCUGCACCACUUGAGGAAGAGACCUUCUCGCAUGGUCAGCGCCAAUUGUUCUGUCUUGCGCGGGCGAUCUUGAGGAAGAGUAGGAUUGUGGUGCUCGAUGAGUUGAGCAGUAGUAUUGAUGUGGCGACUGAUGCGUUGAUUCAGAGGGUCUUGAGGGAGGAGUUUGAGGCGUGUACGGUGCUGGUUGUGGCGCAUAGGUUGGAGACUGUGGUGGAUUUUGGGAGGGUGGUUGUUCUUGGUGGGGGGAGGGUGGUGGAGGUUGGGGUGCCAGGGGAGUUGAUUGAGAGGGAGGGGAGUGCGUUUGGGGAGUUGUGGUUUUCGAGAUGA